AUGGACUUUGCCGACACAGAGCCCACAAGCGAGGUUACGGCAAAGACAGCCGAGCAGCGAGCUCAGAGGAAGCUAGAGAAGCGCCAGCGCAAAGAAGAAAAGAGGUUGAAGAAGGAGCGCAAGGCAAAAGCUAAGCAGCAGCAGCAGCUUACCGAAGCAGAGAAUGGCCCGCAAGUUCAGCAUACUGACUCCACUCCUGUGGCUACUCCCGUCAAGAACGGCCGCUUCGGUCCGCGCGGUCCAUACAAGAAACGCGAGAAGACUUCUGACGACACACCGGUUUCUGCCCUCAAGCGCAAGAGGGAGAGCCAAGUGCAGGCGGCCGCCGCUCUGAAUGGUAGUACUAGCAACAACAACGUCGACGGCAGCGGCGGCGGCACGUCGUCGUCAUUGCUUGACCCGAAUUUCCUGUCCUCGCUCAAGGAAAAGAUGGGGGAUAUGGGGUCAGCGUUUCGAGAAGCGGAAAAGGAAGGCGAGGAGCCUGUGGCGAAGAAGAAGAGGGGACGUCCUGUGGGGUCGCGCAAGAAUGCUGCUGAGGUGGAGUUGACGAAGAAGAGGGAGACUCCGAAAGGUGCUGUUGGUAAGAGUGCUGUUAUUGCCCCGACACCGGCGUCUAGCAGUAAGAUCGCUGGCUCAACUCUCAACAAAGCAUUCAACAUGAUCAAUACGCCUGUACCGAUUCCAUCGGGCGCGUCGAGUAUGUCUGCUUGUGCAAAGACACCGGUUCUGGGGCUGCAGAAACCCAGUCUCAGCCUCAAUGGAAGCACGAGUGAGCUGCAGACAGGCAAUAAGUCAAAGCUCGAUCAAGCUGACGUUCUCGUCGUCGAGACACCUCCCUCACACAUGAGCAAAACACCAGUCACAGCAACACCUCGUCAGCCUGCUAUCCCAUUCCCUCACCUCCGGACCCUAUUCUCCACCAGCAAAUCCUCCAUGCACGUCAUCAGCAGCCAGGGCUCAGUCAACCCCCUAACCAGCAGUCAAGCCUCGAUGGACUCGCUUCCAAACACCCGCCCUCCGGCCUUCACCGCCUCCACCCUCUCCUGCUACAAACAGCAACUAAAUGAAAAGCCUAAAGGGCGACCCCGGCGCCGCCAACGCGCCAUCUCCGAAGCCCUCAGCUCAAGCAGUGACUCAACCUCGACCACACAGAGCGUGCUCGACAUGCUGACUCGGGUCCCGAAGCCCUACGGUUCCACGUCUGAGAACCCCUUCUCCUAUUCCAAAAAGAAGAAGGAGAAGAACAAGGGGGACGAAAAACACGUGGAAGCCGACAGUGAGACGUUCGAGAAAGCCUUCAAAGUCCUGCAGCGAACAGUGAAUUUCACCGAUGAGGAAGAGUAUCUAGCCGUGUACCAAAAAGUGCUCGAGCAAAGCAAAAAAGCCCAACUUCCAUGUCUGAAAAGCGCAACGGGGUGUUCGUUCCGCGUCCACGACGCAGCCUCAUCCUCAUUGUUUUCUCCCGCCGGCGCGCUCGAGAAGCCCAGCGCAGACACGCUGGAUUCGACGCAGCGAGCCGAAGCGGCAGAGACAUUUCUGCGCCACGCAAUCGCCGCGCGUGUCCCCGUUCCCCUGGGCCGCAUCACGGGCGUGUGGCGCUUGUACUGCAACGAGUAUACAGGACAGCACGUAGACAAGUACAGUGCAGGCAUGCGCACGCUGACCAUUACCUCGCCCUCGUCGUACCAGGGAACCCCGUUGUACACGGCUCGUUUGCACAUCCCGCCUCGCUCCAUGGCCUUUGUCGUUGCGCCCUUUGCCGCCCCGCCGCAUGCUGGCUUCCGCGCCACGCGCAUGAAGCUCGCUCACGAGGGGUAUGCCAUGGAAAUGGUGUUUUUUGGCAACGGAUAUGCGAGGGUUAGCGCGGAUGUGGGCUUGUUGCUUUCUGGGAAGCAUGGCACCGGGGGCCAGGUCGAGAGUGCGGGGAAAAAUAGGGGAUACGGCAUUUGGCACUUCCUUGCUGUCCAUGAGAGACCGCUCUAUUGGGAGCCUGAGGUCGAUGAGUUGGAGGUUGAGGGUAGGAAGUUGUUUGCUGCGUAUGAUGGUGUCGAGUGAGUGAUGAGCAUCGGGGUGGUGGGGGGUUAUGUAGGAUAAGGGGGAUUGCAUCUUUGUGUUUUGUUUGACGUAACUACUGCUAUAUGCGCAAGUAUCGUCGUGCGAUUAAUGAGCACCACAGUUCUUUGUGGUUUCGAAUGAAGGAUUCUGUAUGGUU